GGGGAUGACCAAGAGGCUGCAGACAGUACAGGGGAUGACCAAGAGACUGCAGACAGUACAGGGGAUGACCAAGAGACUGCAGACAGUACAGGUGAUGACCAGAGACUGCAGACAGUACAGGGGAUGACCAGGAGACUGCAGACAGUACAGGGGAUGACCAGGAGACUGCAGACAGUACAGGGGAUGACCAGGAGACUGCAGACAGUACAGGGGAUGACCAGAGACUGCAGACAGUACAGGUGAUGACCAGAGACUGCAGACAGUACAGGGGAUGACCAGGAGACUGCAGACAGUACAGGUGAUGUCCAGAGACUGCAGACAGACAGGGGAUGACCAAGAGACUGCAGACAGUACAGGGGAUGACCAGAGACUGCAGACAGUACAGGGGAUGACCAAGAGACUGCAGACAGUACAGUACAGGGGAUGACCAAGAGACUGCAAGACAGUACAGG